UCAUUCCUGAGCCACACGGAGAACUGGGACGACCUGGACCCGAGCACCGUCUUCACGCCGUUCCUGAACGUGAUCCGCGACAACGACACGCCCGGCCCAGUGACGGGGCUGGCGCUGGCCGCCGUCAACAAGCUGCUCUCCUACCACGUCAUCGACCCGAGCCUGGAGUCGGCGCCGGCCGUGAUGGAGAGUAUCGCCGACGCCGUCACCCACGCGCGGUUCGUCGGCACGGAGACGUCCUCUGACGAGGUGGUGCUCGUCAAGAUACUGCAGGUGCUGCGGACUCUGCUGAUGAUUCCGGCCGGCUUUCUGCUUUCCAACGAGUCCGUCUGCGAGAUCAUGCAGAGCUGCUUCCGGCUGUGCUUCGAGCCUCGUCUCAGCGAGCUGCUGCGGCGGUCCGCCGAGCACAUCCUGACCGACCUGACCCAGCUGCUGUUCACCCGGCUGGCGGACAUGGCUGAGGACGAACAGGCGUCCACCCUCUCGCGGAAGCUGAAGAUGCGCUCCGGCGGGCUGGACGGCCGCGGCAAGAAGAAGGGCAAGUUUCCGCGGCUCAAGUACCGCCGCCGCCAGGAGUCCAAGGACAGGUCCAGAGACGGCAAAGAGGGCAGCAGCGGGCCACGGAAGCCGGACAGCAUCCCGCUGGAGGCGACGGAGCCGCCGGCGGCGCCGACGGAAGAGCCGCUCGCCACGGAGGCGGCGCCGCCGGCCGCACCCGGCUCUGACGUCACCGGAUCAGAGUCGGCGGAGCCGGCACCCGGUACCGAGGGCGAGCCCGCCUGCUCUCUGGACGGCGCGGCCGGCUCCAGGGCCGCCUCCGAGCCGCCGGCCGACGAGGCCGACGACGAGCCGCGCGAGAACCCGCAGGGCGUCAAGUUCACCGGCAGGGGCAGGGGCGCCGGCCCGCUGGUGCCGUAUGGCCUGCCCUGCGUACGCGAGGUGCUCAACUUCUUCGCGUCGCUGACCAGCCCUUUGGACCGCAACAACUCGGACUUCAUGAUCCACUGUGGCCUCGGCCUUCUUGCCGUUGCCAUGGAGACGGGCGCCGAGCACAUGGCUCGCCUGCCGUCUCUCAUCGCUCUGGUUCGGGACGACAUCUGCCGUAACCUGUUCUCGCUGCUGAACUCGGAGCGGCUCUCCAUCUUCUCCGCCUCGCUGCGCGUCUGUCUGCUGCUGUUCGAGUCGCUGCGCGCCCAGACCAAGUUCCAGCUGGAGAUGUACAUCACGCGACUCACCGAUAUCGUCGUCUCCGAGAACCCACGCACCGCUUACGAGCAGAAGGAGAUGGCGCUCGACGCGCUGGUCCAGCUGUGGAAGAUCCCCGGCCUGGUGACGGAGCUCUACCUCAACUACGACUGCGACCCCUACUGCUCCAACCUGUUCGAAGACGUCACGAAGCUGCUGUCCAAGAACGCGUUCCCCGUGCAGGGCCUGUACUCGACCCACCUGCUGUCGCUGGACGCGCUGCUGACCGUGGUGGACUCGAUCGAGCAUCAGUGCCACACGCGGAUACACUCGGAGCGGCGAGAGCGAGCAGAGGCGCACCCAGGCGAGGCGGCGGCGGCGACGGCCAGCCCCGCCCCCGGUUACGACUAUCCGGCGUCCGGCUAUCUGAUUGGCUGCAGCCAGCAACGGGCGCCGCCCACCGCUGACGCGGCGGCCGGCCAUUGGUCGGGCCGCCGCGCACCGUCCGACCAGGAGGUGCCUACGCACGAGGAACUCAUGGCCGUCAAGCACCGCAAGAAGCUGCUGUCGUCCGGCACGGAGCACUUCAACGUCAAGCCGGCCAAGGGCAUCCAGUUUCUGCAGGAUAACGGCCUGCUCUCGACGCCGCUGGUGCCCACCGAGGUGGUCACGUUCAUCAAGGAGAACCCUCGCCUGGACAAGAAGAUGAUUGGAGAGUACAUCAGCAAGCGAAAUAACCUGGCCGUGCUCGACGCGUUUGUCAAGUCGUUUGACUUUGGCGGCCUGCGGGUGGACGAGUCGCUGCGGCUGUACCUGGAGACGUUCCGCCUGCCGGGAGAGGCGCCCGUCAUCUCGCUGCUCAUGGAGCACUUCGCCGACCACUGGCACAAAUCUAACGACGAGCCGUUCGCCAACGCCGACGCCGCCUUCACGUUGGCGUACGCCAUAAUGCUGAACGUGGACCAGCACAACCACAACGUGCGGAGAAACACGGUGCCCAUGACGCGCGAGGACUUCAAGCGCAACCUCAAGAAGGUCAACGGCGGCAGCGACUUCAACCAGGAGAUGCUGGACGAGAUCUACAGCCAUCAAGUGAGCGCGGGGUUGGUGGAGGGGGCGGGGGAAGGGGAUGUGGCGUGA